UGAGGGAGUAUUACCAAGCAUACACAGAAAGCAGCGGUAACUAUACGUUGACAAGCAGCGUCCCCCAAAACAGCGAAGCAUCGCGAAUAAUCGUCCUUCAACACCUCUUAUUUCCUCACGUCCAUGGCUAGGGUUCCGAACAAGCAUAGCAAUGAUCAACUUCAGGGCUUCGAGGGGCUAUUGAAUAAUCUACAGGAUUGGGAACUUUCAUUGAAGGAAAAGGACAAGGACAAGAACAAGAAGAUGAAACCAGAGGCCCUUGGCCAUGAUAAAAGGAGACGCAUGGAGAAAACUGCUAGUGAACUUUCUAGUGCUCCUCAAGCUAAAGAGAGUGAACCAUCAGGAAAAUCUAACUCGAGCUCAGGUGCUGCCAACCAAUACAGUUAUUUGCAAAAGUAUGAUUCAAUUAGUCAUUUAUCAAGUCGUUUCAGGACAGAAGAUAGUUUUGCUGAUGCUAAUUCAGAGAAAGAGAUGGGAAAUGAUUUAUUUAAGAAGAAAAAAUACAAUGAAGCAAUUGAUUGCUACUCUAGAAGCAUUGCCUUGUCGCCAACUGCAGUAGCUCAUGCCAACAGGGCUAUGGCUUAUCUUAAGAUCAAAAGAUUCCAGGAGGCUGAGAAUGACUGUACAGAAGCUUUGAAUUUGGAUGAUCGCUACAUCAAGGCGUAUUGUCGCCGUUCAACUGCUCGAAAAGAACUUGGAAAACUAAGAGAAUCUAUUGAAGAUGCUAAUAUUGCCUUGAGGCUUGAGCCAGAUAACCAUGAGGUUAAAAAGCAGUAUGGUGAAGUAAAAGCUUUAUAUGAGAAGGAAAUUCUCAAGAAGGCAUCCGGAUCGACCAAAGGGUCAGUUCAAAAGGCACAAAAAUCUGUCAUGCUAAAGGAGGAUAUGAAUACCCCAGAAGACAAAGUUCAAUCCAUCUCAAGUGGUUCUCUGCGGAUGACAGAAAUUCAGGGGGGUGAUGAAACUGCUUCUGGGAAACCUUCUACAAAAAAGUCAGAUGCCACAGGGAUGGAUGUAACUCGUAAUUCGUUUUUGGCCACUGCAGAGAGAAACCGAAAAGGCGGUAAGCAGGAGCUGAAGGAGUCUGUGCAAGAGCUUGCUGCCCGAGCAGCUAAUUAUGCCAAAGCUGAAGCUGCAAAGAACAUAGCACCACCAAAUUCAGCCUAUCAGUUUGAGGUUUCUUGGCGUGGGCUCGUGGGUGAUCAUAGCCUACAAGCUCAAUUGCUGAAGGUCACGUCACCCACAGCAUUGCCACAUAUUUUUAAGAAUGCAUUGUCUGCCCCUAUACUUGUGGACAUUAUCCGGUGUAUUGCAACAUUUUUCAGGAAAGAUGAAAAUUUGGCUCUUGGGUACUUAGAAAAUCUGCCAAAAGUCCCAAGAUUUGACAUGAUCAUCAUGUGUCUAUCAUCUUCGGAUAAAGCUGAACUUUUGAAGAUGUGGGAUGAAGUAUUUAGCAGGGGAACUUCAGUGGAUGCCAAGAUCUUUUGUGCACUACGCUUGAAGUACGGCCUGAAUCAAUCCGGUUAGGCCUCAUUGGCAUGGUGUGUGGUGACCCGAGCAUAGUUUUGCACAUAUUUUCAAGGUUGUAUACUUGUGUCACUUCCAUAUUUGUAACACUGGGGAUCCGAAUGAGUGGAUUUCAGUAAUUCUGCUCGACGCUUGUAUUGAUCUCUGUGAGACUUGUGAUGCCACUUGGGAUUUCUUGUUAAAACUUGUUGUUGUUA